GCUUCAUCUGUAUCCAUACCACCGAAGGGGCACUACGUCUCAUCGUCCAUCUUCAGACUGCAGCGACUAGCUUGUACUCGGUCCUACAGGACGUUCUUCAGCAUGGCAGCUCUACCUGGACCUCCGUCCUUUCUCGCAAAAUUCAUUCCUCCGUCUCAACCCACUACACCCGGUCGUCAAUUACCCACAUCCAUCCCUCUGCCCGUCCUGCCAGCCGUCGAAGCCGCCAAGCGGCUAGCCGCGUUUGCAGCUGUCGAUCAGAAUAUAGGUUUGGAGCACAAGAUCAUUGGCGUCGGAUCAGGCUCGACAGUACCCUACGUUGUGGAUCGGAUAGUUGCUCAAGGGCCAGCUGCAAAUUCAGACAGAGUCUUCGUACCGACGAGCUUUCAAUCAAAAGAACUCAUCAUCAAGGCGGGAUUAGUACUGGGCGAUGUGGACCAAUAUCCACGACUCGACGUAACUAUUGAUGGAGCCGAUGAAGUCGACGACGAACUCAACUCUAUCAAAGGUGGUGGAGCGUGUCAGCUACGUGAGAAAGUCUUGGCCGAAGCUGCAGAUACGUGGAUCAUCGUUGCGGACUAUCGGAAAAAUUCAAAAGUCCUAGGGACGACAUGGAAGAAGGGAAUUCCCAUCGAAGUGGUUCCUUUUGCCUAUGCCACCGUCCUCCGUGACUUGGCCAAAGCGGGUGCUCCAGAGAUACUGCCGGAUGGAACGCCAGGUCUGACCUUACGUAUGGGUAAAAUGAAGGCGGGCCCAGUGAUCACGGAUAAUGGCAAUUUUGUCAUUGAUGCGCCGUUCCCAGUAGAGAUGAUGAAGGAUCCGGCGGGGCUACUCAGGAGGAUAAAGAUGAUGACGGGUGUUGUGGAGGUCGGACUGUUCUGCGAUAUGGCCAAGGCGGCUUACUUUGGUAAUGAGGAUGGAUCCGUCCAGAUUCGUAGGGUAGACGGGUCGGUCGAGACACUCAGCUCAGUACCUGAUACACCUGUGCUAGCUCAGCAGGCUGCUUAGGGAUACAUAGAGCUACGCGUGCAUGACAUCUUGACG